AUUUAGUACGGGUAGUACAAGCUAGGGAAUUCGUAGCGCUCUCGAAGCGCUUUCAAAGCGCGCAAUAGCUAAUUCGGAACGAUUUUCUGAGCACUUCACGCGCUUCAAGCGCAAAUCGGAACGCAUUACUGAACUGUCCGAAAGAGCGUAGGGGCACUUUUUCGGGAUUGGUUUUUAAAAGAAUUUUUUGCGCGUUAACCGCAGGGCGGUCAGCCAGGAAGAGUCGGACCCAGCAGGCGAAGAGCUACUCGCAGCUUUCAAAUGGCCACGCUCGAGGACAAGUCUAUCUGGGAGGAUGGAGAGGAAACGUUGGGAGAGGAUGUCUUGCGAAUGUCCACGGACGAAAUCGUGUCGCGUACGCGACUUUUGGAUAACGAAAUCAAGAUAAUGAAGAGCGAGGUGAUGCGAAUCUCGCACGAGCUCCAGGCGCAGAACGAUAAGAUUAAGGAGAACACCGAGAAGAUCAAGGUGAACAAAACCCUCCCCUACUUGGUGUCCAACGUCAUCGAGCUGCUGGACGUCGAUCCGCAGGAUAUGGGCGAGGAGGACGGAGCGGUGGUCGAUUUGGAUGCGCAGAGAAAGGGCAAGUGCGCUGUAAUAAAAACAUCGACCCGUCAAACGUACUUUCUGCCCGUGAUCGGCCUGGUCGACGCCGAAUCGCUGAAGCCAGGUGACCUGGUGGGUGUUAACAAGGACAGUUACCUCGUGCUGGAGACUCUGCCGGCCGAGUACGACGCCAGAGUCAAGGCUAUGGAAGUGGACGAGAGGCCUACGGAGCAGUACUCCGACAUCGGUGGGCUGGACAAGCAAAUUCAGGAGCUCAUCGAGGCGGUUGUGUUGCCUAUGACGCACAAGGAGAAGUUUGAGAACCUGGGAAUACAGCCCCCCAAGGGCGUUCUACUCUACGGUCCACCUGGCACCGGAAAGACCUUACUAGCCCGGGCCUGUGCUGCCCAGACGAAAUCCACCUUCCUAAAACUGGCCGGUCCACAACUGGUGCAGAUGUUCAUCGGCGACGGCGCCAAGCUGGUGAGAGACGCGUUCUCGUUGGCCAAGGAGAAGGCGCCGGCGAUAAUAUUCAUCGACGAACUGGACGCCAUCGGCACGAAGCGCUUCGACUCGGAAAAGGCGGGAGACAGGGAGGUGCAACGUACGAUGUUGGAGCUGUUGAAUCAGUUGGACGGCUUCAGCUCGACCGCCGACAUCAAGGUGAUCGCCGCCACGAACAGAGUCGACAUCCUGGACCCGGCCCUGCUGCGAUCCGGACGCUUGGACAGGAAGAUCGAGUUCCCGCAUCCCAACGAGGAGGCCAGAGCGCGCAUCAUGCAGAUUCACUCACGCAAGAUGAACAUGUCGCCCGACGUGAAUUUCGAGGAAUUAUCCAGAUCCACGGACGAUUUCAACGGAGCGCAGUGUAAAGCUGUUUGCGUAGAAGCGGUAAGCGCAGGAUAACUACUAAUUAGGGCUGGUGAUUUGCUUCGAAGGCUUCGACAUUCAGACUUCGAAGCUUCGGCAUUAAAAUCUUCGAAUUCUUUCGAAGCUUCAAAGAUUCGAAAAAUACAUUCGUGCAAAUGAAUUUAUUCAAAAAACUUACAAAUAUUGU